AUGGGCCAAUACUAUUCUACAGCGAACACAGGGAUUGCAGAUUCCUCGACCGAUAAGAGAGUUGAUUAUUAUGAACUAUUGCAGGUCGCUAGAAAUGCAUCGGGAGAGGAAAAGGCCCUUGAGUUACAUCCGGAUAAGAACUUUGGCAAUGUUGAAAAUGCCACAAAGCUAUUUGCUGAGGUUCAAGCUGCCUACGAAGUGCUCUCGGAUCCCCAAGAACGCGCUUGGUACGACUCUCAUCGAGAUGCAGUUCUAGGAAAUGAUGGCAGAUCGGAAGAUGUCAGGUUCCACAAUAAUACUAGAAUCACCACUGCAGAUGAUAUAUUCAGGUUGUUCUCCCGGUUCAGCCCGCAGAUGGAGUUUUCUGAUUCUCCGGAAGGGUUUUAUGGUGGACUCCGUGAAGUCUUCUCACGUCUUGCUCUGGAGGAAGAGCUGGAUCGUUGUGGCGAAAGAACAGAUACAACUUACUAUCCAACAUUUGGUCACCGUGACGAUGAUUAUGAGGAGGUCGUCCGUCCAUUCUAUGCAGUAUGGAGUAGCUUCUCGACCAGAAAAACAUUUGCAUGGAAAGAUAUCUAUCGUUAUGCGGAAGCUCCAGAUCGCCGUGUUCGGCGGUUGAUGGAGAAAGAGAAUAAACGCCUACGUGAGGAAGGUGUUCGGGAAUUCAAUGAUGCGGUUAGGUCGCUCGUGGCGUUUGUUAAAAAGCGUGACCCACGAUACAGGUCCAGUGUUCAGAGUGAAUCUCAGCGACAAGAGUUUCUUCGACGAUCCACUGCCGCGCAAGCUGCCAAGUCACGAGCAGUCAAUCAGGCUAAGUUCCGUGAUUAUGUUGCGCCGGAAUGGGCUAGAUCAGAGGACUACUACGAGAACGAUUCCGAUGGCAAGAGCAGUACCGCUGAGGCUUCGGUGGAAAUUCUUGACUGUGUCGUAUGCGCCAAAAGUUUUAAGAGCGCCAAACAAUUCGAGGCACAUGAACGAAGCAAGAAACACAUCAAAGCUGUCAAGCAGUUGCAAAGAGACAUGAGGGCUGAAGAUGAGCAACUAGGACUGGCGAACGAUCUGUCUACUCAUGAUGGGCAGCAAGCAAACGCAGUCCUUUACAACACUGCAACAUCCACCUCGGAUGCGAAUAGCGAGUCACCAUCAAUUUCACCCAAUCACAAUUCGUCGAAUCGUGAGCUUGAUACUAUAUCAGAUUACGACACUGACUAUGCCCCCAGAGAUUCUGUCAGAAGUCGACUCCAGCCGGUGAAUGGUGGUAUACGGGAGGCAUCAGAUACUGUGGAUAAUUUAGCGCAGUAUCUGUCAGCAUCUCAAAUGAACGAACCGCCAUUGAAGAUUCCGAAGAAGCUUGGUAAGGCGAAACAAAAGCGCCUGAGGAAGGCGCAACAAGCCGAAGGCCAGCCCCAAGGCAUCAUAUGCACCACAUGUGGUGUGGCUUUUGCCUCCAGGUCACAAAUGUUCAGUCACAUCAAAAAGUUUAACCACGCUCGGCCUCAGGUGCAAGCUGCUUCAUUCAAAAGAUAA